AUGAAGAGCCUGAAUUACGGAUUGUCAUUACUUGACUCUGGUCACGCCAUCGUGCGGGCCUGGUUAGGACAUCGUUUUCCAUCGACAUUACGCAUGCCAAAGAAGAGCAGCUCCGUUAAUCAAAUUGGACAAGUUUCAGUAGUUGAAGAGCUUCGAGCAGAUCUGGCUAGAAAGCUACUGGAAGCACACAGUUAUGCGGAUGACGAAAAAUGCUUGGAGGUUUGGGAGGACCAGUGUGACGCAUUCCUAACUUUUGAACGGGACCCACUCGCCUACGUUGUGGAAAACAGUCUGGUUGUUGAAUCUUUGCGAAGGGCCGCGGUGGAGAACUCAGACAACUUGACUGUGAUGUACGACACUCAAGCGAGGAACAUUCAGCUUCCCUCUGUCGACCAAUUGGAUCAGCUUGUGCAACUCGAGGCUCACGUGUUGAACUCCAGCGACCCACCGUUGCUUUUGGAGACUUCCCUGUUGGUUUGGGAGGACCAGUGUGACGCAUUCCUAACUUUUGAACGGGACCCACUCGCCUACGUUGUGGAAAACAGUCUGGUUGUUGAAUCUUUGCGAAGGGCCGCGGUGGAGAACUCAGACAACUUGACUGUGAUGUACGACACUCAAGCGAGGAACAUUCAGCUUCCCUCUGUCGACCAAUUGGAUCAGCUUGUGCAACUCGAGGCUCACGUGUUGAACUCCAGCGACCCACCGUUGCUUUUGGAGACUUCCCUGUUGCUUUCUGACAAGCAUUCCUGUCUCAUUUGGAGUACAACCUCUGCCGAAGCAGGACGCCUGACUUCCUUGAAUGACGCGGAAUUUGUCUGGGAAGUGAACAAUGCACUGACUCGCCCUAACCCACCACCUACCGGUGAGAUGCUUGCCUUGUCCCGACUUGGCAAAGCCUUAGCAACAGCUGUGGAUUACUCACUCGGAAAAUCUUCGCCUCUUACCGAAAGCGCCCCGAUUCCACCGCAGGUUGAAGGUAUUCAACCCAACACCAUCAGAGCUCGUUAUCCUUUGGGGUUCCAACAUGCAGACUUUUACCACGCGCCACGCGUUGCAUUGGCAGGAAUCUUACCGCUGGCUGGACAGGGAGUUAAUCUUGGGUUUGGUGACCUGAUGAGUUUGAUUCGUUGCCUAGAAGACGCGGUGUCGCAGGGAGCUGAUAUUGCCAGCCUUCCACAUUUGCAGGACUACACAGCUGAUCGACAGCGUACAGUGGCAGUCAUAGCUGUAACGCUGGAAGUUUUGAAUGCACUGUAUUCAAGAGACGCUGUCUACUCAAAAGUUUUCGGUACAUCCAACAAUCUUGGUGCCUACGAAGACUCUCCACUUCUUCGACUUGCCAACAGGUUGGUAGUUGGAAUUCGUGGAGCGGGUGUCUCGGCAAUUCAGUCUAGUGCCCUCGCCAAAGCUCCCGGACAGACGAUUGGACAAAUGCAGAUGAGACGCCUUAUUUGGAAAAAUGAUAGAGGGCGGACCGAAAAAGACCAUCCGUACUUUCAUCCUACCCCUUCCCGCACUACUGGAUACGAAACCAUUGCACAGUUGGUUUGUGCUGUCCAGCAGGCCAUCCGGCUAAGGAAUGAGAGCAUCGUCGCUGAUCGGUUUCCGACCGAGAACACGUAG